CCACGCGUAUGUAUCCCUAUUCGUAGUAUUUCCACACGCCGUAUUUCCACGCAUAGGUAUCCCCACGCGCCAUUUGCAAAGUGUUAACUUUUGUAUGAGAAUUUAUUCACAAAUCGAUCCGCGAAUCAACACGAUCUAAAUUUAUCGAUGACUACGAGUUCGAUGUUAAGGCGUCGUUCGAUAAAUAAUCCCGAGUGCGGUCAUAAAAAGCGGGUUAUCUGCGGCACGUAAUGCACACCGAUACGAAUAUACGGCCGGUAUAUUCAAACCGUGUAUUUCCCUUUUUACACGAACGUUCGAUAAGAACGAUAAAGCUUACAACGAUAACGUAUGUACAUAAGCAAGUGAAUUCGAUUUUUCCAUAUCCGAAUCGAUUAAUCACUCUUAUUGAUUCCGCUCGGCGUACCCCGUUAAUUGAAAACAAACGAACUGAGCAGCUCUAAAAUAGACACAUUUCCUGUGUUCAUUUUUAUUAAAUAUAUUCGUAUCGGAAGGGAUAAAUAUUCUCGACAAAUGAUUGUUUCAGAUAUUACGGUGGAUAAUCGUUAAGAUAAAUGCGCGUGUCUAGCAAAACUGUCCGAAGUGUAAAACUGAGAAACGAUAUGACUUCCAAUUAAAACCUCUCCCAAGCUUUUGCCGUUUCUACGCUCCCCUCUUCAUCCCCUCUUUGUUCCCUAAAACGGCAUUCAAGCAUCUGGCAUCGUUAAUUAAUCACGAAUAUUUAUUGCGUACUCGCAUGCUCAUCCGCCUUAGUCUAUCUCGAGGCAAUUAGCGAAAUUAUUACAUGAAAAGCAGAGAAAAAAAAUGUGUGCGAUUCUUCUUGGCAUGGCAGCUCGAUUCACUGGCCCGUGCUUUCAACGCGUCGUCUCGCUGAAAGAACUCCAACAUCCGAUCGUAUCCUUGCUAUAAUUACCUCAUUAAUACCGUAUUAAUUCCCUUUAUUCAAUUUUUACAUUAACUUCUAAACUCCUCCUCGGUUCUGUAUCUUUCAGGUCCAAUUUUUGUCAGGAGAACAGGAGAGUCGUGUGCUUUUAAUUUCAAUGAGAUUUUUUAGGCGAUUUCAUUCUGUCUCAGUCAAUUUGACAUUCAAUGUACUUUUAUUAAAUAUUCAGUGUAAUUCAAUUUUGUUGUUAUGGUUCCUCUUCGAUCAUGGUCCCUCUUCGCUGUGUUCAUCGAGUCUAAUCACUGUGUGAUUUUAUUCAGAGUGGUUCAGUGUACUCGGUUAACAUCACAAGUUUUAUAAUAAUACACAAUUUCUCUUUAAACAAUUUAACAUUACACAAUUGCUGUUAGGUCACUUUAUAAUAAAUUCUAACAAAAAAAAGUAGUACAUUAAAAUACUCUGCAACAAAAUCUCUGAAGUUCUAAAAGAACAUUUUUAUCAGUAACAAAGAUAUCUGAUUAAUAAUGAAGAUUAUUAUAUAACACAAAAUAAGUUGACAAAAUAUGAGACAAAGCAAGGAAGACGAAGAACAGAUGUUUUUAAGACGUUCUAACGGAAGAUUCAGCAGGUGAUACAUCUGAAAACUGUGUAUUAUAAAAUGUCGGCUGAUUUAUCGGUAGAUUUCCAUUAGAGCAGCAUUUUCUUUCACGGGAUCGUCGUUCAUCGACGUUUCGAGGUCAGCAGACGGACAUGGACGACGGACGAGGCAGGACAAGUACACCGAUAACGACAAACUGGCCCGAGAAAAACCGUGGCCGAGCGAUAAAUCAGGCCUAUUGCAUUCCUAAGAUAGCGAGCUGCCUGAAAGUCAUUACGCUGGCAAAAGUAAUUCCCAACUAAGUGAAAAUCAAGACGGAGAUCCUCGACGAGAUCGAGAACUUCUCGGCGAACGACGAGUUACAAGUGGACGAAAAUUUUGUCCCGAAGAAAGAAUGCGAUCCUUGGAAGAAGGAGUACGUGGACUUCGAGGAGUACAUCGAGGCGUUGACGGGCGGGAAACGAUUGUUCUGCAGCGUGUGCAGGAUCGAGUUUCCGGACGAAGAUGAAUUCAAGACGCAUAUGGUCAGACAUAGUCAUGGAAAACUCUUUCAGUGUGGAUUUUGCAGGAAACAGUUUUCACGGUCAUCAACUUUGAAAGAUCAUCUUCGACUACACGAGAGGUUAGAAGUCUUUGUAUGCACUCGCUGUAACCUACGUUUUCAGCAUAGGGACCAAUUAAAGACGCACCAAGAAGAAGUGCACUCGAAGCGAAGACCAUUCGAAUGUUCCGUAUGCAAGAAGAAGCUGCUUCAUCGACAAUCGUUGCGCGAUCAUAAGCUGAUGCACACGAACGUGAAACCAUUCGAGUGCUCGAUCUGCAAGAAACGAUUCCUACGACCGAGUAGUUUGAGGGCGCACAUGAUCGUCCACACAGCGGACUCACCGUACGAGUGCGACCUUUGCCCGGCGAAGUUCAAGAGAUCCUCCGUGCUGAAGACUCACAAGUUGACGCACACGGGUGUUAGACGCUUCGAGUGCGAUAUUUGCAAACAUCGCUUUCAUCUGAAGGGAGCUUUGAAGCAUCAUAUAUUGUCACAUUAUGGUGUGAGGCCAUACAAGUGCGAGGACUGCGGCAAAUGCUACAGAAGAUCGUGGGGCCUGAAGGUGCACAGGUAUCGGCACACAGGUGUGAAACGAUUCGAGUGCGAUUUCUGCAAGUCGCGGUUCAGCGUGAAAACGAAGUUGGCUAAGCACAUUUACGGUCAUAUCGGCGAGAAACCUUACAAAUGCGACUUCUGCGGACGUCAGUAUGGCGAGAGGUACCAACUGAAGGCACACAAAUGCGUGGCUGGGGUUCAACCCUCGAAAAUGAAAAUUGGCCGAUCUUUCUCGGAUUCUGUUACGCAAAUUUUGUUCUUUCGACCGAGGUCUAUGAACUGUCUAAUUCCGAACAUCACAAAUGGCUGACAGUUUUUUUGACAAUUUGAUAAUUUUUUAUCAUCAGAUAUUUGUAUAGAAUACAUGUUAUUAUUGUGACAAGGAAAGAAUGAUGAUCAAAUAUUCUGAAUGAGAGAUUGUUGUUGUGCAUCUGAAUAUUUUUGUAAAGCGUUUUAAUAGUGUGUCAAUUGUUGCAAUGAUAAAAAUGAUGUACAUAGAAUAUUUUUCUCAUCACUUUGUGUAACAUACGUUCGAUGUUCUCAUAACUUUUUGGUAAAUACAUUGUCGCGUUAAAAAGAUGGUUCACAAUAGAUAACGACUUAAUCCACUCUGGACUGUUCUGUCUAUUUUCAAGUAAUAAAGUAAUCAAGUAAUAACCCAGCAAAUUGUUCAGAAUACGUGCAUGAUCAGAUAUGAAUCACAUGACAGACAAAGACAUCACAUACAAAAAAGACCAAAAUUGCUGUUUUUAAAAUAAAAUAUUUCAAGUAUUCUUCCACCUUCUAUUUCGUUAACUUCAGAAAUCUUAACACGUAAUUUGCUAGAAGCUUAGUUAAAUUACUCGCGAUUAUCUCCAUAAUCUCGCUCGCCAUUAAUUCCAACGAAUAUGUAUAACAAAAUCAGUCAAGUUAAUUACUGGUUACAAUCGCAACAUAAUUACUACUUAACUGUUCAUGGUACGAUUCGAUCAAAAGCUACCUUGAUAAAGUUCUCGCUACCACGUUCAUAAUUUCUAAACAGAAAUUACAUCCACCGUGACCGGUCACGUUUGUCUGUAAUAAAGGUAUCCGCUUUUGUCGACGACUUUUCCGUCCGGAUCGAAUCUCGUCCAUGUUUGCAUGCCCCGUGGAACUUAAUAAGGCACGACCUUAAUAAGCACUUUGCGAUGGAACAAAAGUCCGAUUAAUUCCAGUCGACUCGAUUUGGAUUGCCUUCUUGCAAAGCUAGCUUAGGUUCGUCAUCGAGGUACGUAAUCAUAGUGGUUGCACGGUAUCGUUGAAACGUGACCGCCCGCGAAUUCUGCGGGACUCCACGGGAGUGAUCGUUUAAUCGAACCUACGUGCAAGAUUGUCAUCACAUAUCAAUUCAAAAUAUAUAACAAAAUCUUUCGUUUACUUAUUUGUUGAUGAGUACUUAACAACACGGACACUUUUAUAAUUAGCUUAAUUCAACGCAGAUAUGCGUGUGGAAAUACGAGUUGUGAAUGUGUGAUGCGUGGAAGGCCGGUGUGUUGAGUUACGGCGCGUGGAAGUACGGUGCGUUGAGAUACGGCGCGUGGAAGUACGACG